AUGCCAGAUGCGACAAAUCACGCUGUCAACGGACCUACAAACUUACCGUCGGCAUGCGCUGAUGGAAUUGCUGGGGAGCCGCCGUCAAAGAGGCGUCGACGUGAGUCAGAAGAGCGCCAGCAACGUGAAAUUGGCUUGAUGAGGCAGGGAGAUGGUGCAAACGUACCAAGCUUUGUAGGCAGUGCGAGUGGCAUUUACUUCGUUCGAUCGGUGUACAACGCUUUGGCGAAGUCUCGUGUGCACUUACCGCCUCAAACACCAGAUCAGAAUAUCGUGCCUGGAGAAGAGGAUCAGCUGGAUGAAGCAGUACCUUACAGCUCGAAGAGCCUCUGGUCACCGGAAAGAUCAGAGACAGCCAAUUCUGGACUCUCAACCUUCGAGUUUGAUGACUUGCAAACAUGGAGCGAGAGCUAUUUCGAGAACUGGCACACUGCUUAUCCUUUUGUUCACGCACCUACAAUACUCGAAUAUCUGGAGCAGCAUGUUCGACCAGUCACUCUACCGGAAUUGUGUAAGCAGCGAAGCCCACGCUUCACGAUCAUACGCUCCAUCAUGUCAAUCUCACUUGCCGAUUGUAGGCAGUCGGGACGCAUGUUUGAGAAGCUACUACCUGCAUUUCUCGUUUUCACUUCCUUCAGAGAAGCCAUGGAGAGUGUACAAGACAUGCUGUUCAAGCCAUCUUCUAUCGACGCCCUACAAGCGGUGGUCUCGGUCCAGCUUUUUCUGGUGUCCAUGCUACGUCUCAAUGGAGCAUCAAGACUUGGUGGUAUGAUUGUGCGAAUGGCCUUUCAGCUAGGACUGCACAGGUGUCCUGCGAGAUACGCAGGCUUUGACCGUGAACAAGCUGAACUUCGCCGUCGGUUGUUCUGGACGAUAUACUGUAUGGACCGCUAUCUCUGUCAAUCUCUGGGUCUACCUCUGACCAUUCGUGAUGAUGACGUGGAUGUCUGUUACUUCGACGAUGAGAAACACGAAAUCGAUGGCCGUCACCGAGCAGCCAUGGACGACCGGCUGAGGACUUUGAACUUUCUCACCAAACAUGCUUCGAUCAAAGGACAGAUCGUGGAGCUCCGCAACAAGUCCAUUCACCAACGAACCGCUAACCGAGAUCUUGCUACACUAAUCGGAGCUCGAAUUGGCAAGUGGGCUAACGAUCUCCAGUAUGUCCUAGAUGCUGCGGAUCACGAUGAACCUGGUCAAUUCAGCACGUUACACGAGGUGGUCCUCCUAGUCUCGCAACAUGAACUGAUUAUAUCUCUCAACCGACCUCUACUGGCGCUGGAGAGACAUACACCAGAGUAUAUGGCGGCUCUACAGACCUGUAUCCGUGCCUCUGACACCAUUAUCACCACUCUCUACAGAUACGUCUUUUUCCGACUCGUCCAACGGGGCGAAGGACCAUCUACAGCACCUUUAUUAUGGCCCUCAUUGACUUGGUGUGUGUGGAUGAGUGCAUUUAUCGUGCUUCACGCAGCGAUCGAGGGAGAGAUGCCAAAACACGUUGCGCGGCAUCUUGCAGCCAACAGUGUGGAGAUUCUCAGGCACCUCGCACUACGAGGAAGUGUUUGGCCGAAUGUGUGUGCGGUCGCUAUCAACGAUCUGUUUCUGAGAUUGCUUCUAGACUCCAAUGUCACAACGCCACAGUCGCCGCCAGUGGAAGCGAGUCAUGUAGAGCCGCGGAACGAGACGAAUUUUCAAGAAAAUGCCGCACCAACUACGCAUCGUCCUUUCCGUGACAACCCGCGUCUUUACAAUCGCUUCAGCACGACGAGUGAACAGAACGACCCAUCCAAUCACGCCACGAGUCUGAUAGGACCAUCCCCGUCAACAUCUGAACCACAGCUGUCUAUUCCUUGGCUAUCUGAGGCCGAUGCAGCUGGGGCCACUAGCGACAACAUUUUCGAACAGUUCGAUAUUCCUUUUUGGAUAGGCGAUGACCAGUAUUCUUCGGUCUUGAAUUUCGAUCUCUAG